GAUGAAUUAGCAAGAGUAUACAAAUAUGAUUGUUAUGGCCUUCUAAGGUAAAGAGACUGAAUAAAGAAAAAAAGCAGAAGAAUUAUUAAUACAAACUUGUCAGAAUGAUGUUAGAUCCAUCGAUAUUUUAUGUGAAUUAUCAACUUAAUAAAACGAUUAAUUAUUAGCUGAAUAAGCGGCCAUUACAAUAAUAACUGCAGUAAAAAAAUUUAUUGGCAACACAAGUAAUCUAUUAUUGAAUUAAAUUAGAACCAUAUGCUGUUGAAAUGAGAUUGCAUCAUGUUGAUCUAUUUGUUUAAAUGCUAUCAAAACAAAUAUCAGAUAAAAUAAAAUCCAGCAUAUAAUAAGCCUUAUAAUAAUUAGUUUGCAAUGAUAAAUGUAAAUAAAUCAAUAUUAUUGAACUUUAGAAAAUCAUUUCAAGAAUCGGCUUAAAUAACAUAUAAUUUAAUCAAUUGACACUAGAUUAGAAAAUAUGAUAGUGUCGGCAUUAUUUAUAGCUGAAACUUUGUAAUUAGAUAAUUAAUUUGAAUGGUUUUAAUAAGUAAUCAAGGCAGGUAAAAUUAUUGAUGGUUUUUCAUAAUCUACUAAAGUAUUAUGGGCUAAAGUUAUAUUUAAUUAAUUAGAUAGACACCUAACAACUCAUUAAAUGAGCGGUGUACCAGAACCAAUACAAUAGUACUUUCUAUAUAAUGAAGAAUUGUGUCAAGUACUAAUUUUAAAAACCUAAUAAUUAACUUUUGCAGCUGAAGAUUUAGAAUAUUGUCAUUUUGUUGUUGCCUCAUAAAGAUUGAUAUAUGGUUCUAUUCUUAAAUUGUACAAAGGAGCUAUUGUAGCUAAGAAAUGCCCAUAUUUAGGUAUCAUUUGUAUUUUAUGUGAUGCUUACAUCUAAAGUCUUUUGGCAUUUACAAUUUCACCAACUUUUUCUUUAGAUAACAUUAAUUAGAAUCAAUCAAAUUUAAUUAAUGAAAUUAUUAAGUUCUUGGCAAUUUCAUGUAUAAGUAAUUCAGUCUAUAAUAUCUUUGCUGAAUAUAGGAUGCCCAUUUUUAUUGAUAUUAUUAUACCAUUCUUUUCAUCAACUUAAAAAGAAGUAAAUGAUUUAAUUGAUGAUCCAAAUGAAUUUGUUCAAUUAACUUAAGAUAUUUUAGAUGAAUAAAAAUCAGAUAUCAUUAAAUCAUCUAUUGCUCAAUUAAUUAAAGCUUAUUGUUAACACAUUGAUGGAUCUGUAUCCUUCUUUACAUCAUUCUCCACUUUAACUGCUUCAUAUUGUAUUUAAAAACUAUAAAAUACAGAGAUAAAAGAAUAAUUAGGAUUAAUAAUGGAAUUUAGGGAACAUUACUUUUUGAAAUCUAUGAAUGUUAAUCUAUUGUUAGAAACUUCAUUAUUAAUAUUAUCAAUUUAGAGUAAUUAUCUCACCUCAAGAAUUGAAGUAGGAUUAAUUUUUAAAUCAUUUAUAAAUUAAUAUGCUGAUUAUCUAUUAAAUUAUUCAAUACGUAUAUUAAUCUUAUAUAAUUUUAGCUCUUGUUAAGGCCAGACUCUGUACUUAUAUAGGUUAAUUUUGUAAAGCAAUUCUCCAUGAGAAAGAUGAACUCUCUUAUUCUUUACUUAACUUUUUGGUGAAUUAGAUAAAAUCUGCAAAAAAUGAUUAAUAUGCUAAUUGUUAUUGUGCAAUAGAAGCAAUUAAAAAUAUUAUUGAUGAACCAAGUUUAGAAAAACUUUUAGAACCUUAUAUUGCAUAAAUAUUAUUAGCACUGUGCGAAUCUUUGUUAUAAAGUGAUUUUGAAGAUCAUUUUGAAACAAUUAAAUAAAUUUAUAAGUAUUGUUUAUUUAAUGAUUAGAACAUUCUAAAUAGAAUAAUCUGUAUUAGAUUAAUCAUUAGGUCUAAUAGUUUUAAAAAUAUAGUAAGAAUAAUAAUUAGUAGAAUAAGGAUAAAGUGAGAGAUAAAUUUGUAUCAAUUAAACUUGGAACAUUCUUAAGUCUUUACCUGAGAUUGAGAAUAUCAUUCCAAUACAUUUUAAUCUUUUAGAAAAAAAAGUUGCUGUCUUAUAUCAGUAUAUGAUAAGUAAUUAAGAUUUUAAUUAAUUAGAUCCUAAUAUCAUAGAUUUUGAUGAGGACAUUGUAUAUUUUAUAUCAUAAUUAAUAUCUAAAACAAAGUUUAUAAGUGAUUAUUAGGCUGAAAUGUUAUUUUAAUGCAAUAAAGUAAUAGAAAAGUAAAGAUUUACACUAGGAUAAUUAUUUGAGCUUUUUAAUUAUUACAUUUAUUAUGGGAAAACUCUAUUUUCAAAUAUCAAAGCACAAGAAUUUGUAUUGAUUAUAUAUCUUAAUUUAGUUAAUUUAAAUUUUAGAAGCUGUAUUUAAUAAUCCAUAAAGAGGAGAAGCUUCUUAAGGCGAAGCUAUAUUACUUUUACAUUUACUCAUUUAAGAAUAUAGGUUAAGCAAAGAGGUUUUAACAUAUAUUUAUACAAAAAUAUUAUUAAGAUCCUAAUUGGAAGUAAAAAAUGAUUUUUUGAGAGCUAGAUUAAUGGGAAUAUAUAUAUCAGGUUUUAUUUAAAAUGGUGCAUUAACUUUAGCAUGGAUAGAAUAAUAAUAAGGAUUCAUUUAUGAUCAUAUAAUGGAUUCAAGUAAACAUUGUUUACCAGAUUAUGACAUUUAACUUUACAUUUCUGGAUUCUGUUAACUUUUACUAAGGAAUCCUUAACAUUUAAAUUUAAAAUUACUAUAAAAUUUUGUAUUAGUAUUAAAAAAGUAAUAUCAUUAUGAUUUGAAAAAAUCAAAAGAUGAUAAUAAUGAUAGUGAAGAUAUGUUUUCAAUCGAUGAUGAGUUAGAGGAUGCAAAAAUUACAAUGGAAACAUUCUUAUGUAAUAUUACAAAACACAAUUCAUUUGACUUAUUUCAUAUUACAUAUUAGUAACUAAGAAAAACAAUUAAUAUACCAGAAUUGAUAUCAAAUGAUCCCAUUUUGAAAAAAGAUCUUGAUGAGUUGUUAAAAAUAAAUAAGUUUAAUUAAGAUUCUAGAAUUAUUUUAAAAUUGAAAAAGAGAAAAUAACCAUGA